AGUCAUCCAUCACUGUUGUCUUCCAUGGCCAUCCAGGUAUUUCCAUGUUGCUGAGCUCACCAGUGCAUUCUUUUUUUUUUUAAUAUGCCAAAUGUUGAUUUAGUCAAUCCUGUUAUCUCUCUGAUGUUGUUUUGUUUUUAAAGCCUAAUGAUGGCCUGUUUCAAUAGCAUCGAGAGCUGCUAUGACUGCAUGAUGUGAGUCCCUUUUGCGGUCAGGCGGUGAUGUCACGGCACCCUUAGCUGGACACUGGAGCCGAGCGGAGUGCUCUGAGGAGCUCUGGAGCGGAGCGGCGCCCUCGGCGGAACACUGCAGCGGAGCGGAGUGGAACACUGGAGCAGAGUGGCGCCCUCAGCGGAGUACUGGAGCAGAGCCCUUCCAGAAUCGAGGGGGCUGUAAUGUAGAUCCACCGUAGUCAUCCGGAACAUCCCCAUGAGAAGUCUGAUGAAGUGGGGGCAUGAGCUGAAAUCGACUCCCCCCGUGCUCCACAACUUACUGGCGAGAGAGAGUCCCCAGACAGGAGAGAGAUGUGGAGCACAACUUUGGCUCUUUCAGUGGGGUAAAAGGACGAAUACAAAUCCAUAUAUUUGCAGACGCUCCGUAUAAAUCCCCCGCACUCUGCCAUUUUGCCGGAGAAGCGAGCCAGGAAUUCCAUCGCACUUUCGGGGGGCGUGGCGCAGCCGUGCUUGCAUGUUAUAGAGCCGGCAAGCAAGAAUCGCGAGGAGCGAAACUUCCCCUUGUCACGGUUGGUCUUGCUGUGACAGAUUGGAUCACGCGGAGACCACGGUGGUAACCCGAUCAUGGUUUUUUUAAGGUCUGUUAUUUCAUCAUGCAGCAAUGAACGGAGGCAAAAGCCGGAGUAUAAGUCGCUGUAUGUUUAAUACAGAAGUGGUACAAAGAUAUACAUGCAUGACAGUCCAUAGAAUCAGAGAAUGCAAUAUCCGUGGUACGCCCUAGAGGGGCGAGGUCCACACAGACCUAUCACGGGACUGUGGACGGGAGAAGAGAUAUCCGAGGUGCGCUUCGGAGAGAGCGCAGCCGUAGAGCUCAAAUUAUUGCAGGCUAAUGGACAAAAUGUAUUUUCACUAUUUACAAAAAUCUUUUUGAUGAAGAAAACGAGAAUAAACCAAAUUAACAAUUGGUGUCAUGACAACUUAUGUCUGUCAAAUUUGCCUAUUAGGUGGCAGGAGGGGGCCACACAUGAGCAAAAAUAGUGAAACACUAUUUGAAACAUUGAAAUGUUUUUCAGUACUCAGAAAACAGCCUUUUGAUUCAAAAUAAAAACAAAAACUUACUCAAACAUUUAUAAUCUAACUACGCAGCAAUAGCGCUACGAAAGCAUAUGCAACUGCACAUAAAAAUGGCGUCGCCUCACUUUUAAACGGCUGACCCCACACUGGUUUGGGGUGUAUUCAGUAUAAAAAUUAUUAAAAAUUUGAAUCCAUUAAACUUAAAAUUAGUCACACAUUUAAAUAUGUCUACAGAAGCAGUAGAGUUUACUUACGUUUGAUACUAAUACACCCAAUCUUAAAUAAUAUACAUAUGUUGAAAUUAAAUUGAUUAAAUACAAAAUCUGGGCUAACAGAUUUCUGCUUACACCGACACAAAUUUCGUUUGCACACACACACACGUACAAACAAUUUUAUAGAUUUUCCGUUGUUUAAUUUAUGAAUACAGAAAUGUCAAAAUAUGUAUUUACUAUUUCAUUCAACAGGCUGCUUUUUAUUGGUUAUACUCUGCCAUAAUUAGCUUUUAAAUUUCACAGAAUUGUUGAAGCAGUCACCUAUGUGCAGCCCAACAACUGCAGCACUGUUAUAUUACAAUUGUAAACUUUUCGGUUUAAUGUUACUGAAUGUACUUCCGCAUUCAAUGAACCUCAUUUAUUUUGGGCAGUCUCCGCCUGCAGGCGGGGUAACGGUCUCGCCAGCAGGGGCUUUUAUGUGAAUACGAAUGAAAAAUUCAGGCAAUGCCUGUUUGACUUUCGACGGGACUCAGAAAGCUCGGAAAACGGCAGCGUGCUCUGGCUACAACAGAACACUGAUUUCUUUCUGAUUUAUGCCGGGACUAGAGGAAAUACUAGUAACAGCUGAAGCAAGUUUACGAGAUAGUAACAGACUGUAAGUGUUUGGAAAUGAAGAAAAAUCCUGUAAACAUGGAUCGGUGUAAUCCAACUGACGGAUAUAAGAAGUAUAAACGAAAGGUGCGGGAUUCUGUUAAACAUGGGGAAAAGCUUUCCCCUCACUCUAAAACAAGCAUCGACUCAAUGGGACCUUUGCUAAAGGAAGUUUGUGGAAAAACACGUGAUAAAAAGUUAGAGCAUUUCGAUACAGCUGAAGACUACAGACAACAACCGGACAUUUUAAAUACUGCGCUUGAUAUGAAAAUGUAUACUUUGCCAUCACAGAUUACGAAUGAAACGGAAACACCACUAUGGUCAGUUUCAGAGACAGCAUUUAAAAGCAGAAACGACUCGGCAUCCCUACAAGUUUCAGUCUUUAAUAAUCAGCAAGCCAUUCCUACAAAUUGCCAUCCGCAGUCACGUAUUCUGUUGUGCAAACGCUCCGAAAGGGCUCUCUGCUCAACCUCUCUGGGUUCAUACCUCCAUAACAGUCUUGACCAUACCGACUCACUUAGGAAACGAUCGGAAGAACAGACUGUUGGCGUCGUCACAGAGAUCAAAGCAAUUCAGCAGACACGAAGACUCCUGGCAAAUGCUAGAGAAAGGACCAGGGUGCAUACGAUCAGUGCUGCUUUUGAGGCUCUGCGGAAGCAGGUGCCCUGCUACUCCUAUGGACAGAAGCUAUCCAAGCUGGCUAUAUUAAGAAUUGCUUGCAACUAUAUCCUGUCACUGGCUCAACUUGUAGAUUUGGACUAUACCCCAGACCACAGCAACAUGAGCUUCAGGGAGUGUGUUCAGCAGUGCACCAGAACCCUGCAAGCUGAGGGUCGUUCGAAGAAGAGAAAGAAUUCAGACCAUGGUCUGCGAAAUAUUUUAACCUGCCUGAUUCAUCCUGAUGCCCUACUUCUCAUCACUCAUCACCACUUGAUGCUUCUAGGGAUGGUCCCACAUAGACAGCCUAAACAUACAAAUGUGGAUCUUACUAUUAAGAUUGCUUUGGACUGCAAGUGAUACAAUUUUGCUUUGAUGGCUUAGGACUACAAUUGCCACAAAAGGUUUAGGACUACAGUUGCAAUAAACACUAUUGCACUUUCUUCCAUCAGUGAAUAAAAAAAAAAUUUUUGUUAAAGCUAUAAUGAAUUUCCGAUUACGCAAUUGUAAUUUUUUGAUUACAAGGAAAUUAUUUAUAAAUUAAUAUUCAGCCACAUCCAAAUUAGAUUAGUUUAGCUUUGGGCGAUUAAGAGGUGCAAUAACAAUUAUAAGUCUUGGAAUAAAUUGUAAUAGUCUGAGCUUUUUUUUUUCUUUUUUUUUUUAUGAUGGUAGUGAAGGCACUGUUAUCAGUCUUCUAUAUUCAUAUCUGGUGACUAUUAAGAUCAUUGCAACUAAAUGGCUUUUUUGAUUGUGUUGACCCUUACCUUAACAAUACAGGCCCUAGCUCUUUGGAGACAAAAGACAUUUAUCCAAAAAGAGGUGCACCUGGGCCUUAGAAUCCAGCAUGUUCCCACAAAGUGGUCUGUACUGCCUUGGUUUCCUAUCUCACUGGUGAAUUAAAUGUUUAGCAGGUUCCUCCUCUGUCAGAUUGUGUGUCCCAGUUAAAUGCAAUGAUUUGAAACCCACAGCCGGAUUCCGUACACCUACAGGUUUGGCCUUUUCAGAGGGAAGCACAUGCUAUAAAAAUAGUGCCCUACCCCAAUAAGAUUAUUAGUGAGGAAAGGGCAGCAAUUUAAUGACUUGUAAUUCCAGCCCUAUUAAUAAUUUACAAGCUUUUCUUAAUCCAAAACUUUGAAGUAAACAUUUUAACAAUGUCUCAUUAAAUACAUUUUUCAAUAGAAACUGGAAAGGAACAGAUAUAAAGCUCUGAAGGGCACAGAUAAUACUGGAUCAUUAUAAUUUAACAUUUUAAUUUAAAAUGUGUUUUUAAUUUUUACUGCAAAGAAAGAAUGGUCUGCUUCAUUUGUGAAAUAAUGUGCUUCCAUUACAUAAAGCAAAGUCAGAAGGAAAAUAGGCAGGCGCUCCUCCCCCUCUUGCUGGCAGUCCCAGACACCAGAUGUUUGCAAAGCUAGCUGGGAAGUCCUGCUGGCGCCAUUCAGGGCAGAGGGCAGGGUGAAGGCACGCGAGUUGGAACAAGGAGAAUUCACUCACUACAGGAAUUGGCAUAUUACCCAGUGCAUUACCCUGGCGGGAUCCCCAGUUCUUCCUAAGCCAUCUGUGCAAAAAGGAAAAAGUUCUAUAUAUAUUAAUGAAAGUGGGGGAGGGCAGGGAAUCUUUUUGUCAGAGAGAGAGAGAGAGAGAGAGAGACAGACAGACAUGCAGACAUGCAGACAUGCAGACAUGCAUGCAGUCUGGUGUUAGGGUGCAGUUCAUAAAAUGUUUUUGUUUUAACUGAUCUGAUUGGUCUUGCAUGUGCUGUCAUUAUGGUCCUGCAAUGUCUAACUAAUGUCUUUACUCAUCACAUCUCCAAAUACUUAUCCACUUUGGAUUAAAUAAAAAAAAAAAAGAUUGUCUUUAACUGUGACAUGAAUUGAACCUUCCAUUCUAUAAUCAUAAUGAUCCAUUUGUUGGCUUAACCCAAAGAGGUAUCUUUUAAUUUAAUUUAAUUGAAUUUAUUUACUUUGUCUUUCAACUGUAAAAAUUCAUAUGUAUGUAUGU